AGGAGUGCAGGCUCAGAGCUCAGAGCUACACCUCCCCGCAGCAGCGCUCGGCUCACUCUGAGGGGCUUCAGCGCGAGUUUGAAGUGGUCUAAUCUGCCGGAGCGCGCGAGCCAACUGCACAAAACUUCCGCGUGGAGUCUCGGGCGCAGCUCGCGAGGACAUUACAGCCAGCUGCGACGAGACGGACAGAGGCAGCCGGAGCUGCAAAACAAAGGAGUAAUAACAAAGACAGCUUUCUUUAUUCUGUCACCUGCUGUGUGUAUACGACACUAUUCAGGAUGGAUGAAGCGGAGAAGUACCAGCAGAGGCUGCAGGCCAUAGCGGAGAAGCGGCGGCUGCAGGAGGAGCAGGACCGAGCCAAACGAGCACUGGAGGAUGAAAAAAUACGACUACAGCAGCAAAAGAGAAAGUCCCUAAGGGAUCAGUGGCUGAUGGAGGGUCCCCCUACUUCUCCGGACUCCGCAGGACCCCGAUCACCUCUCUGGGGGUCAAAGGCCCAGCAGAUAGAAGCACAUAUAGAGAAGUUGCAGAGUGAGACAGAACGGCUGGGUGAGGCAGUGGAGAGGCUACAGGACCAGAUUGAGAACAGUUCAGAUUCAACACAGCCUCACGCCGGUCACCACAGCAACACAGAGGGAAACGCUGCAGUGACAGCAGGUCACUCGGUGGAGGUCAACGACAUUCCAGAGGAAACUACAGUCACUCCAAAAGCUCCAACUCUCACCAAUGGCAGCAUGGAAGAGGAGAAGCCCCACAAAGCCCCUGUGCAGGACGGCUUAGUGCACGCUAACGGGCUAAAUGAGGGCCCAGUCACUCUGACCUUCCUGGGAUUCUCAGAGGCGGAGCCUGGACAGGGAGUGAGUGACGAUGACAGCACGAUCAUCCGGGCGGAGAGAGUGAUCAUCACGGACGAGGGAGAGGUGAUUCCAGAAGGGUCCACGGAGGAAGAGACACCAGCCAAGGAACCAGGAGAGAACUCAGAACUGGAAGAGGAGGAGGCAGAAACACAAGGAGCUGAGAAUCAUCUAGAAGGUUCUGCUAAAGACCACACUGCACACGGUGCUGUUACAGAGGGAGAAGAAAAAACAACAGAAAGUGACACAGACGAUAAUGAGGAUACCAGCGCAUGCGUUAAUGAGGAUACCAGCGCAUGCGUUAAUGAGGAUACCAGCGCAUGCGUUAAUGAGGAUACCAGUGCAAACGUUAAUGGGGAUACCAGGGCAGAUGCUAAUGGAGAUACCAGGGCAGAUGCUAAUGGAGAUACCAGGGCAGAUGCUAAUGGAGAUACCAGGGCAGAUGCUUCCGCUGAUAGCAGUACCGAAGCCAAUGCAGUGAGCAACACAGAUAUCAAUGGAGAUACCAGUGCAGAUACCACAAAUGAAAAGAGCUCUGAAGACACCCACUUAGAUUCCAGUGCAGAUUCCAGUGCUGAGGUCACGACCCCUGCACUGGAGGAAAGUGCAGCAGAGGGAGAAGUAGAGCAGAAAGCUCUGGAGGAGCCCACUUCCUCUGAACCGAAACUCCAGAGUGAAACUGUAGAGGGCGCUGUAGAGGCUCCAGCACAGUCCAGCGCAGCUCCAAACCUUGAAACCAUCCAGCAGGAAGCGCGAAACCCAACUGUGUCCUUCUCAAACUCCGAAACCCCUGCUCCAUCCUCACCGGGUCAGUUCCAGGACGUUCCCCUGGAUGGGGCAGCAGAGGAGGCAGAGUCCAGCCGAAAGCAGCUGGCUGACGGUCAGCUGGUGGAGGAACAGCCGCUGCUGGCAUCUAAAGCCGCACCACUGACUGAUGCGGCAAGUCCGAACCGGGCCGAGGACGCCGCUGCCCCGAAGAGGAAAACCUGCCAGUGCUGCUCACUCAUGUGAUGUCAGUCACGUGAUUUUUGCCUCCUGAGUCGCUGCCUCAUCUCCUUCUGACUCCAGAGCCCCCCUACUGCUGAUCUACUGAAAGCUUAGCUCUAGUUGUUAAAGGGGAACUCUACUGAUGGUGUUUUAAAAUUUCUGAGAUGUCAGCAGAGUGAUUCAGAGUGGUUGGGUGUGAAAUGGUUCAGAUGCCUUUUGGUGGUGGUGAUGGAAACCAGGGGUCGCCAUGAC